GGUGUCACUAGUUUGAGUAAAGAGGAAUCGUACGCAGCAACAAUUCAUGAGAUGUUUCUCAGUCUAGAUUUGUACAGAAGACCACUGUUGAUAGCAGAUAAUGAAGAUUUUGUGGCAAAUGUUAAUAGAAAGGAAAUGCGACGCUUAGAAGCAUUUUGGUUAAGAAACCGACAGCAAGAAUUACAAAGAGAGGCUAACAUGCUGCAGUCAUAUAUGUAUAGAUUGAGAUCUCUGAAUCAGCAGUUUGAACAGCUUUUAGAUUCGAUAUGGUCACAGAAACAAAGGCCAGAGGAAUAUCUAGAAAGAAGUGUUGCCAGUACUCUGUCAUUACGAGAUGCGCUGGCGUUGGUGAGCAUUCGCUUACGAGCGGCAGCGAAUUACGCCCAAAGUAGUCUUCGGUCGAUCGAUGAAGCUUUGCCGGCAUGGAAACUUGCAUCUAUAGGAACAAGUGGGAUAGAGCGAACAAGAGCGUGUGCUGACGCGAGCAGAUUAUUGUUACGAGCGCGAUGCUUUGAGCGAGGUGCGAGGCGUGUUUUGGGUGUGCAGUCUGCCCCCAGAGCGGCCAGGACCCUCAGACUGACUCUGGACUACAUCUUCACGGACGCCUUACAUGACCGCAAAUAUCAAAGAGCUACCGAGACUUUUAUUCAGUUCAAAGAAGCGAUGGUUGAAUUAGUUAAUUCAAUUAAUCAAGUCUUUCUAAGUAACAUCGACAAUUUAACCGUUGUUGAAAAGGAUCUUGCUGAAGGUCAACGAAGACUAAGGGAGGCUAGAGUUAACGAUAUUUUGAAUAAAGGUUUAGUAAAACUACAAUAUAAUGGGCCUUUAUAAUGAAAUAAGAA